AUGCCGUCCGAUUUGUCAAAUUUCCUUGCCUCGCGAUACCUAGUUGCAGACCCGAAGCCUCAUUCCAAACGGCGAAAGCGGAAACAAGCGGAGCCCGAUGGCCUCGUCAUUACAGACGACAACGACUUAUCUUGGACUCAGUCCGACAACAAUGCAGAUAAACAUGGAGACGAACUACCAUUGACUGUUCAUGGAUGUAACUCAGAACUCCGUAAAGCCACAAAGAAUAAUUGGAAACCCCUGGGGUCUCCAGCAUCCCCCACCGAAGUAGCGACUGCUGAUGCAAUUUUGGCGUCCACUGCUGCUGAAAAAAGGGCCAAGGGAACUGUCGAUGACGAAAAUCCAGUGAUUGAGGGCGGCGAUGGGUUGGUUAGGAUGAGUGACGGCACUCAUGCUGGACUACAGACGGCUGCGGCGGUCUCUGCCCAGCUCAAGCAGAGACAGAGGGAAGAGCGUGACGAAUUUGAGCAACACAAAAGGUCAGCAAAGGAAGAAGAGACUGUUUAUCGCGAUGCGACAGGGCGGAGAAUAGAUAUAUCUAUGAAGCGAGCUGAAGCCAGGAGAGCUGAACUUCUAGCCGAAAACAAGGCAAAGCUAGCAAAGCAAGCUCUCAAAGGUGCGGUGCAAUUGGACGACUUGCAAAGACAGAGAGAGAAACUGGAGGAUGCGAAAUUCCUCCGUUUCUCGCGGACUGCGGACGACGAAGAAAUGAACAAGGAGCUCAAAGGACAGAAGAGGUGGAAUGACCCGAUGCUACAAUUCAUAGGAGACAAAAAUGACAAGGCAAAGUCACAAAUUGCGACUACGAGUGGCCGGCCCAUGUAUGCUGGCGCAGUCCCGCCAAAUCGAUAUGGUGUUAAACCAGGAUACCGCUGGGACGGAGUUGAUAGGGGUAUAGGAUUCGAAGCAGAAAGGUUCAAGGCAAUAAAUCGGCGGGACAGAAUCAAGGGCCUAAACUAUUCGUGGCAAAUGGAUGAAUAG